GGCGGCCGACGCGGGUGCAUCUCCCCGCCUGCAGCUAAAGGAGCUGAGUCCAGCCGAGUUCGACUCACUUGUCUGCGAGCCUUCCCGCCGGCCCGCGAAGCCCGGCCAUGUCCUGCUACAUUUACCAGCUGCCCUCCUGGGUGCUGGACGACCUGUGCCGCAACAUGGACACGCUGAGCGAGUGGGACUGGAUGCAGUUCGCUUCCUAUGUGAUCACAGACCUGACCCAGCUACGGAAGAUCAAGUCAAUGGAGCGGGCGCAGGGCGUGAGCAUCACUCGGGAGCUGCUGUGGUGGUGGGGCAUGCGGCAGGCCACCGUCCAGCAACUGCUGGACCUCCUGUGCCACCUGGAGCUCUACCGUGCUGCCCAGAUCAUCCUGAACUGGAAACCUGUUCCUGAAAUCAAAUCUUCCAUCCCAGACUCCCUGGAUGUUGUGAAGCCCAGAAAGCCUUUUCCAGCUUCUGUACAAAAUGCUGAGGACAAACAGGAAAUGGGGCGGCCCAUGAGGCCAACCACUUUUCCAAGCCCAGGGCCCACUCUCUCCAGAGCCAGCCUCCCGGUGCCUCCUGAAGAUGCUCCUUCUUCCUUAAAAACUGACCUUCUCCCCUCAUCUGAUUCAAAGGAAGUCAGCACCUCUUUCCCUAAGAAGGAAACACUUGGAAACCUGACUGGAGACAACCUUUUCUGGAGUGAGGUGGACGUGGCCCAGGCAACUGAUAACUUCAACCCAAACCACAAAAUCAGCGAGGGGACCUUUGCUGACAUCUACAAAGGGCAAAGGCACGGCACGCCGUUUGUCUUCAAGAAGUUCCGAGAGAUGGUCGGCUCAGGUCCAGGAUUGACUGAAAAAUUCUUACAGGCAGAGGUACAAAUUUGUUGUAGAUGCUGCCACCUCAACAUCUUACCUCUGCUGGGCUUCUGCACCGGAGAACAGUUUUACAGCUUGAUUUAUCCAUACAUGACAAAUGGUUCUUUACAGGACAGACUUCAGGGUCAGGGUGGCUCAGACACCCUCCCCUGGCCCCAGCGUGUCAGCAUCUGCUCAGGGCUGCUUCAUGCUGUGGAGCACCUGCACGGCUUGGAGAUCAUCCACGGCAAUGUCAAGAGCUCCAACGUUUUGCUGGACCAAAACUUCACUCCCAAGCUGGCUCAUCCAAUGGCUCACCUGUGUCCUGUCAACAAAAGGUCAAAAUAUACCAUGAUGAAGACUCACCUUUUCCAGGCCUCAGCUGCAUAUCUUCCAGAGGAUUUCAUCAGAGUGGGGCAGCUGACAAAGCGAGUGGAUAUCUUCAGCUCUGGCGUAGUGUUAGCUGAGGUGCUCACCGGCAUCCCUGCUGUGGAUGCCGCCCGAAGCCCGGUUUACUUGAAGGAUUUACUCCUCAAUGAAAUUCCCAGCAGCACCAUGUCGCUCUGCUCCAGGAGGACGGACGUGGAGAAGGUGAUGGCCAAGGAGAUCUGCCAGAGAUACCUGGAGAAGAGAGUAGGGAGGCUACCCGAGGCCUGCGCUGAGGCCUUGGCCACUGCCGCCUGCGUCUGCCUGCGGAGGCGCAACGCCAGCCUGGCCGAGGUGUGUGGCUCUGUGGCUGCUGUAGAAGAGCUGCUGAGGAGUCAGGACAUGUCGGUCUCUUGGAGUGGGCUUUCUGAGGGCACAGGUUCUUCCUCCAACACCCCGGAAGAAACGGAUGAUGUGGACAAUUCCAGCUUGGAAUCCUCCAGCUCCAUGAGGGAGGCCCCCUGGGCUGGGGCUGCCGCCUUGCCUCACCCCACAGUGGAUGGAGAAGGCAGGCUGCCAGCCAGCGGGGAAAUGGAAGCUGACUCCUCCUCUGAAGCCUGCACCUGUCCAGAGCCUCCCCAGGAUGCUACAGAGACUUCGUGGAAAAUUGAGAUCAAUGAGGCCAAAAGGAAACUGAUGGAGAAUAUUCUGCUUUACAAAGAAGAGAAACUGGAUAGCAUUGAGCUCUUUGGCCCCUGAUGAUUUGAACACAGCUGAGAACCAUGUUCUUCCAUUGGAAAGAUGCAUGUCUAAUCAAGAAAAAGAUCUGAGGCAGAAUCAAGAUCUCCCAGGAAACACCAACCAUCAGCUUCCCUGGAGGGGAGAGACACUUCUAUUUUGCCAGAGUGGGUUGGGGGGAGACAAGACCUCUGCUUUCAGGGACACAAACAUCCAAGUCCUCUUCCUUUCUGAGAUUUGUCAAUCAGAGCUCAGAGUUAUCAGGAGACUAAAGGGGAAACCGUGGUACAUGGGCUCAGGAUGUGGGCAAUUUUGGGGUUCUAGGGAGUGUGUGACAAUAACCACCCAGGAGAUGCCAUUACCCUUGACUGCUGAUACAGCAUUCUGAGCACCACGGGCACUUUCCAAAGUUAAGAUCUCUGGGUAAUACUUGCCACCAAUGGCCUGCAAACUUCCAUGACCCAGAAGACUUUCAACUCAUAUCCCAGUGCAAUUCUUCACUCCCUCCUCAGGGUCUUAAGUUUUACAAAUGCCAGACACCUGGCAGAGGGUUCUAGAAGUUUUCUGCUUUCUCUUUUGGAAAUCUUGCAACCCACAGAUAUUUAUUUAAUGCACACUCUGCACCUUUGUCCUCCCAUCCCACUAAUGCUAAUAUUUUUAAUAAAGCUUUUAGAGAAUAUGUAUUAUUUAUGGCUGGAUGAAGAACCAGGAGACCUAGUUUCAUGUUUGAUUCUGCUGCUAACUAAGCCAAUCAUUUACUUUCCAGAACCUCUGUUUCCUUGUAAGUAUCAUGCACUCAUUCUCCUUCCCUGGGCUGUUGCAGAGGGAUGGGUGAGACAUGGCUACAGAAGCAUUUUGAACAUGCACUUGUCCUGUUCUACAAAAUAAAAAAAAAAGACAUUGAACAUUUAUUUGUGCCAUGUACCUAACAUUUAUGCAGUGGAUAUAUUUCUAAAAAGUCAUGUUGCAAAGCUUUUUGUGAAAUGCUAUUUUAAAUUCAUUGUGUCCUAUUUUAAAUAAACCUAAUAUAGUGAUUCCUCCCUUUUUUAAUAAAAUAAAAAUACAUUGGUAAAGUCAA